AUGACAAGCAGACGAUUGACAGCGCAGUCAAGCCGUGCAGGACUUCGCUGUUUGCUUGCUGGUGUGCUACUAUGCGAUGUGGUGGCAGGCAACGAGAAGUACCUUCUCUAUCAUGCACAGCCGAACGAUGCACGAGGAAUGCACGAACUGCGGAAAUUGCAGAUGCUAGACCACAAAUAUCAGGUGACACCACUCCACGUUUGA